GCAUUUUUGUUCCGAACAUCACAUUUGGACAUCCUAAUGGUGGAAUGUUUACGACAGAGUAUCGGACCUGAUCCAUUUUUUGACAUGCAUAUGAUGGUAUCCAGGCCAGAGCAAUGGGUGAAGCCCAUGGCAGCAGCAGGAGCCAAUCAGUAUACUUUCCAUCUAGAAGCCACGACCAACCCUGGCAACCUCAUCAAGGAAAUCAGGGAGAGCGGCAUGAAGGUUGGUCUUGCCAUUAAACCUGGAACAACUGUUGAGGAAUUGGCACCAUGGUCUGGACAGAUUGAUAUGGCUCUUGUCAUGACUGUAGAGCCUGGCUUUGGUGGUCAGAAGUUUAUGGAAGAUAUGAUGCCAAAGGUGAGCUGGCUUAGGAGUCAGUUCCCCUCUCUGGACAUUGAGGUGGAUGGAGGAGUCGGUCCAGACAGCAUCCACAGAUGUGCUGAGGCUGGAGCGAACAUGAUCGUAUCGUGCAGUUGCUGUGGUGAGCAGUGA